CAACCCUAUAUGGUAGAGGAAAUCUGGACCUGCUGAAAGCCUAUAUAAAUGUGCUUCAAGUGAGCACCAUCUAUUCACAGCUGAAGGGGCAGAGACUGAGAAGAUGAAGGUUCUCCAUACAGCUGUCCUUGCUGCACUCCUUCCUGUCCUAAUAUCUGUUUCACUGUGUGCAGGAGCAGCAAUUUCUCUAGGAAUGGGCGUGGCCACAAUUACAGCAGCUCGUAUAUACAAGGGACAGCUGGCUGGGCAACCUGGAGAAGAGAAUGUUUUGGAAAUGGAAAGGUUCCCAUAUGUGGCUCUCUCCAAGGUGUACAAUGUAGAUGCACAGGUUCCAGACAGUGCUGGCACAGGAACUGCCUACUUAUGUGGAGUUAAAGCCAAUUCUGGGACUCUGGGAGUGAGCGCCGCUGCUAAAUAUGGAGUCUGCACUACUGCCAAUGGAAAUGAGGUGACCUCUAUCCUUCAUAGAGCUAAACUAGCAGGUAUGUCAGUGGGUAUUGUGACAACCACGCGUGUCCAGCAUGCCUCUCCAGCUGCAUCCUAUGCUCACAGUGCCAAUCGGGAUUGGUACUCGGACAAUGAGAUGACUUCAAAUAUGGUUAAUAGUGGCUGCAAGGAUAUUGCAUACCAGCUUGUGUACAACACAGACAUUGAUGUGAUUCUGGGAGGUGGACGAGUCUAUAUGAAUGCCAAGGGGACACCGGACCCAGAAUACCCAACCAGUACAUCAAGUCGAGCUGUUCGAAUAGAUGGUCUUAAUUUGACUGAUAUAUGGCUGAAAAAAAGGCCGAGGUCCAAGUAUGUGUGGAAUAAACAAGGCUUUGAUGCUGUGAAUGAAACCACAACAGAUUACUUAAUGGGGCUGUUUGAACCAAAAGACAUGAAAUAUGAACUAAGUCGUGAUCCUUCCAUGGACCCAUCCCUAGCAGAAAUGACUGAGAAGGCCAUCAAGAUCCUGAGCAAGAAUCCCAAAGGAUUUUUCCUUUUUGUAGAAGGUGGCAGAAUCGACCAUGGCCAUCAUGAUGGCAAUGCUAGGAAUUCCUUGACUGAGGCUGUUGAGUUUGACAAAGCCAUUCGCACAGCUGGGCAGAUGACUUCAGAAUCUGACACACUGACUGUUGUGACUGCUGACCAUUCUCAUGUCUUCACCUUUGGAGGGUACCCAGAUCGUGGUAACAGUAUUUUUGGCUUGGCACCAAACGAAGCCAUUGACCUCAAACCAUUUACCACCUUGCUGUAUGGGAAUGGUCCUGGAUUCAAGCUCGCUAAUGGACAACGAGAAGACAUCACUGGCAUUGAUACUGAAGACUCCAAUUACAGACAACAGGCGGCUGUCCCAGUCUCUUCAGAAACGCAUGGAGGAGAGGAUGUGGCCAUCAUGUCUAAAGGCCCCUUUUCUCAUCUGUUCCAUGGCAUACAUGAGCAGCACUACAUUGCCCAUGUGAUGGCCUUUGCGGCCUGUCUGGAGCCCUAUAGAAACUGUGAACAGUUAAAAUCUGCCUCUUCCCCAUAAGUAAACAUGCUUCAGGUUAAAGGUUGGGAGCUGUUUUGGUAUUGACAGCAGAAAGCAAUAAUUGGCAGUUUUCUCAUUUUUUUCAAGCCCACCUUUUUUUUUCUUGAAUUUCAGUCACGCAUGUAACCAUUGUUAUGAGGAUAUUUAUGAGGAUAUUUUUUGUAUGUAUGUAUGUAUGUAUGUAUGUAU